UUAGGGAGCUUCUGAGUUCGAGAGAGCUAAGUAGAAGAUAGAGAGGCGCGCGUCGAAGCAGGCAGAGGAGCUCCGUCGUUGGCAACCAUGGACGCUAAGAAACACGUAGCCAAUUUCGGCGCCGGACCAGCGAAACUCCCGCGAUCGGUAUUAUUGGAAGCCCAGAAAGAAUUGGUGGAUUACAAAGGCCUUGGUAUUAGCGUCCUUGAAAUGAGUCACAGAACAUCUGAUUUUUCAAAAAUAAUCAAAGCCGCUGAAAAUUGCUUACGUGAACUCCUCAAUAUACCAGACAAUUACAAAGUGAUAUUUCUCCAAGGUGGUGGAUCUGGCCAAUUCAGUGGCAUUCCACUUAAUCUCAUUGGGCUUAAAGAAGCCAGGUGUGCCGAUUACGUGGUUACGGGAGGUUGGUCAGCCAAAGCAGCAAAGGAGGCAGAGAAAUAUGCAAAGGUGAACCUUGUGCAUCCCAAGCUUUCAAGUUACACAAAAAUCCCUGACCCAAGCACCUGGAACCUUAAUCCCGAUUCCUCUUAUAUCUAUUAUUGUGCUAACGAGACUGUUCAUGGUGUGGAGUUUGACUUUGUACCUGAUGUUGGAAAAGCAGUUUUAGUUUGUGAUAUGUCAUCAAACUUCCUCUCCAGGCCAGUGGAUGUUUCAAAGUUUGGUGUCAUUUUUGCUGGUGCCCAAAAAAAUAUUGGCUGUGCCGGAGUCACAGUGGUAAUAGUGCGUGAGGAUUUACUCGGGUAUACUCUGAAAGAGUGCCCCAUUGUGUUGGACUACAAAGUGCAAGUAGAAAACUCUUCAUUAUACAACACACCUCCAUGCUACAGUAUCUAUAUCAUGGGCUUGGUCUUGGAGUGGAUAAAAAACAAUGGUGGUGUUACGGCUAUGGAUAAACUCAGCCAAAUUAAAUCACAAAUGAUUUAUGAUAUUAUCGACAAAUCUAAUGGAUUCUAUGCAUGCCCCGUGGAAAAAAAGAGCAGAAGCAGAAUGAAUGUUCCCUUCCGGAUUGGCAGCAUUAAGGGUGAUGAAGCUCUAGAAAAAGAAUUCCUUGAAAAAGCUGUAGAAAACAACAUGAUAUCCCUGAAAGGUCACAGAUCUGUGGGAGGAAUUCGGGCAUCUUUGUAUAAUGCGGUGACGAUCGAAGAUGUUGAGAAGCUGGCAACGUUGAUGAAAAGCUUCAUGAAGCUGCAUUCAUAACAAACUCAAGUAGAUGGCGUUGUGGUGAACCGCUUGUGAAGUAAACCAGCAAAGAAUUAGUAACUAGAAAAAAAGUUAAUGCAAAAUAUUCCAUGGCAUUGUAUUUUUGAAACAAAGAUGUUGAUAUUUUUUUCUGGCCAGUCAAAUGUGCAAAGCAGUUUUGGCCUACUUGAAGGCACCCAAGCUGCACAUUUCACCCUAAAACCAGUGCUUGUUUCUGUGACUGUUCAGUGGUCCAUAAAAGAAUUGGUAAGAUUUUAAUUUUUAAACAGAUUAUAUUGGUCAUAAGGUACCAAGAAUUCUCUGAAACAUACAGUCUCAGUGCCACACACAAUCCUAUCUUGUAUAAAAUAUAUUUAAGUAUACUUUGUUACAUUUCCCCUGAUGUUUGUUUUUGCCUUGAUUUAUUUAAUUUAAAGAUUAAAUCUUCAGAAAGACUGCCAUAAGCUUGAGCUGGCCACUUUUUCAAUGUCUGAUCAUUCCAAGUGCAUAUCACUAAAAGUGCCUAAAGAAAUUGCUGCCAAUUAUGCAGACCACAGGCCUCAAUCUGGCAAAUAUUUUGAAACAAUAUGCCUAAUGAAUUGAAGGCCUGGCUCAAUUGUUAUUUUCUAACUGUUAGCUAUAGUUAUAUAUAGGUAUAUAGGUAUAUAGGUAUAGUUAACUACACCAAGGUGGAGGAUUUUUGUUUUUUUUUUUACUUUUAAAAUAGUACACUUAAGUCAUUUUGGCAAUCUUAUGUUCUCAGCACAAAAGUAAAAAUUCUUUUCCUAUCCUUUUCCCUUUUGAAGUCAACAUUAGGAGAAUCCAUGACCUCAAUGCCUUCCGUCGUUCCCUUAAAACCCAUCUUUUCCAGCAAGCUGGGUUGGCUUAAGAAAUUUUUAAAUUCUUUUAAUUAGUCUGUGAUUUCUUAACUUUCGGGCCAAAAUUUAUAUAUAUUUUUAACUGUUUUUUAAUAUUUGUAUUCUAUGUUUUUAUCUUGGCUGUACACCGCCCUGAGUCCUCAGGGAGAAGGGCAGUAUAUAAAUUGGAAAUUAAAUUAAAUUAAGUUAAAUUACUUUUCAUGUUUUUAUAAAACUGACCCCAAGGUUCCCCUUAUUUGGUCAGAUGUAUAAUUAUGCUUUUUCGGAAAAGGCAACUGCAGUAAGCUUCUACACACUUAAGUUCUACACACUUAAUUCACAAAAUCAAACUUAAAAGAUUGGAAGGAUCCAUGGAGAUCAUCUAGUCCAACUUCCUUCCACUGCAGAGUUCCUGUCCUCAGUCCUGCAUGGUCUCCAUCUAGGAGAAUUGACCCCCGUGAAACAACUCAUAUUCUUUAAUUUUGAAUGCCAUCUUCAUAUAUUGUGAUCUUCAUACAUUCUCCAUAUUUACACCCUCAAUCUAAUUCUCUCACUUGUCCAAUAAUGUUUCUCUUAAAAAAAGUAAAACAGUUAUAAUCUCAUAAUUAACUAUAUUGUUAAUUUAUAACAUUGAACAAACUCUCCCCAGCUGCUUUUUUUAAAAAACCAACAACAUCACAUUAUAAGCAGGAUUGUAAAUUGGUUGUUUGAUCAGUUUCGCUUAUCAAACAAGGAACAGACCUUCCAACCGAAUGCAGAAUUUUAUUACAUUCAAUAUGAGUGCAGAAUUAUAUUUGGGUAGAAGGCCAUAUGUUGUGCCCUGGGAGAAGCAUUGAGGACUCUAUGAAGGUGGGGAAGGUGUCCAUCUGCAGAGUAAGCUAUAUUUUUCUUAAUUCCAACCAUUUUUAAUGGUUAUAUCAUUAGAUGUUAUACCUCUCCAAUCACAUCUGGAUUUAAAAGCAUUACAUUUUGAGAGACCUUCUGUCUUCCAUAUAUAUUAUAUGUAUUUUAUUUGGCUGUUCACCGCCCUGAGUCCUUCGGGAGUAGGGCGGUAUACAAAUUCAAAUAAUAAUAAUAAUAAUAAUAAUAAUAAUAAUAAUAAUAAUAAUAAUUCCACAGUAUCUGCCUGUCCUAUUAUGAUAGUUGAUAUACUUUGGGUCUUUCUAUUACAAAGUGUCAUCUGAUAUCGUGGUGCUUGCCAUCUGGAACAACAUCCCCCUCCCUGAGAUUUGUAUAUGUCUUGUUCAAACCUGGUUCUUCAAAUGUGGUAUUUCACCCAGCUUUGAGUUAAAUUUAGUAGCAGGCUCCUUUGAUGCGGUGUUGGGUUUUACUCUUUCCAGAUAUAUGCAAUUUUAUUUUCCCAGUGUUGUUAAUUUGUUUUUAAUAUUGUAUGUUGCUCAGAGUCACUGUGAAAUGAGUCAACUUUACAAAUGGGAUAAAUACAUUUUAAAUGAAAAUUGGCUCCUUGAGUUUAAGACUAAAAUUGCACAGCAUUCAUUCAGCAGCUGCAUUGUGCACCAUUCUGUACAGUAUUAACAUUAUUUAAACAUCUUUACUAUACUUAAUAAUAUUCCUUGUUUAUUUCUUGGCAUAAGAUCUGAAGUAGAUAUCCAUGUACCCAUUUAAAGGUGUGUGUGCUGAUUUUAAAAUAGCAAUGUUUUAUUUUUUGUAUUCCACUAUUAAUCGAAAAAAUAAUAAUAAAAAAACUUAAAAUA